AUGCACUUGGAUUCGGCGCAUAUUUCGGCUCUUGCUCUUGUGAUGGAUGAACUAAGGUUACAGCUCGUCAACAACAGACUUCAGCUCCAGCAAGUUGAAGCAUCAUUGAAGCUAGAUAAGGGCAAUGAAGAGCUUAAGAUGCUGCAGGAAAAUUUGAACUCCGGUGCAACUGACGAAAAAGGAAACAAAGAACCGAAGAAUCGAAAAGAAAAACUCAAGAAACAGAAACGUGCGCAACAUCAAGGCGAAAUGGUAAAGGCUAUCGAAACUGAGAAGAAUGAAUGGCUGAACUUCAGUAAGAAGUACAACAACAAACAUAAGACAAAGAGGAGCAUAUUCGCUUCUCCUGAAAAUGUGGAUGGUAAAGUCGGCGUUGGAACCUGUGGAAUUUCGGGCAGACCAAUGACGAAACCCAGCUAUCAUCGAUUGAUGAGGACGUAA